CAUCAAAACGGAUUUAACAAGUGAAAUUCUUCAAACUGAGACGCCCAGCGCUUUAUUAAAACGCGUAUUUAUGACUAAAAUGAUUCCGCCGGUACCCACAUCAGCAGUCAUGAUGCCCACGCCUAAACAAAAGAUCGGCUUUAGCAUUGAGUCGAUCGUUGGCAACGAUGCCACUAACGCCUCAAAUGCCGUCGGUGAAAAUUUAAACGGUUCCACCAGUACAAAUUCCGAUGACAACAACUCCACCACAAAUCCCUCCUCACCACCACAAACACCGCCAGCCGGCAUCACCUCUCUAUCAGCUUUACAUAAUCCUCAUAUGCUGGCUCAACAUCCUCAUAUGGCCCAUCAUUUGUCGAUGGCUCAACAGCAAGCCUUGCAUCAACAUUUGCUUAUGCAACAUCAGCAGCAGCAACAACAGCAAAACUCACAAAAACCUGAUAUAUCGGAUAUAAUACAACGUCUACACAAUUCAGCCCAAGCGGCUCAUUUAAACUCCUCCAAUGGCCCCUAUAGUCCUCCCACACACACACGUCUCUCACCUGAUCACGAGUCAGCCAAUAACCAACAUCAAGCACCUCAGCAUCACAGUUUGAAGCGCGAAAGAUCGCCAGACAGAGGCAAUGAAAAUGUACAAAAUCCCGCACAACGUCAUCAACCUCCCCAUACACCACCCAAAUCAGUAUCACCUCAAUCUUCAUCACAUGCCUCUCCUCCACCCGCCAAUAUGUGUAAUAGUCCCGCCACUCCACAGCAUUAUGGAAAGCACUUAAGCAAUCCCAUGACACCGGGCUCCAUGCCCAUGUUAGUACCUGGUAUGCAGUCUGCCAAUAUUGUGAGACCAUUCCCCAUGGGUCCUGGUCAACAACCGCCUCCACCUCAUGGUGCACAACCCGGCAUGCCUGAUAUUAAAGCUUUACCUCCCUACAUCAAUGCGCCACCAGAAAUGCCUCCCCAACACAAUCCUCAUUUAAUCGCUGCCGCUCAAUUCCAGAUGGCUUUGCAGGCUGGCCAUGUUUUGGGACCAGCAGCUGCUGCUGCGGCCGCUGCCGGUAUGCCACCACAUGGCGGACCCUUCAUGGCUGGCCCCGGCAUGCCCAGAGACAGUUAUCCCUUGUAUCCCUGGCUGUUGAGUCGUCAUGGCAGAAUAUUUCCUCACCGUUUCCCAGGAAAUUUCUUGCUACAACCUUUCCGCAAACCUAAACGCAUACGCACCGCUUUCUCACCUUCACAACUUUUGAAACUGGAACAUGCCUUCGAAAGCAAUCAAUAUGUUGUAGGAGCCGAACGCAAAGCUUUGGCACAAUCUCUCAAUUUAAGUGAAACUCAAGUCAAGGUAUGGUUCCAAAACAGACGCACCAAACACAAACGCAUGCAACAGGAAGACGGCAAAGAGGGCUCCGAUAGAAACUCACAACACGCCAGCUGCGACGAAGAUGAUGAUGAACUCAUCGACAUGGAAAUGGAUGACUGUGGCAGUGAUGAUGAGCACGAAUACGAACAAAGUCAUUGAAAGAAAGUUCCAA